UCAAAUUGAUACCCAAAAGCCAUUCUUCAAAAGCCUUUUUUUUUCCUUCCAUAAAAUGGUUGGGCGCAUCACAAUAUUCAUGUCAAUCUGGAUAUCAACCUAUGGAUUCUUAUGGUGUACAAAUACGGAGGUCCAGGAGAAUACCAAGCACCUCAUGCAAGCAUAAUCAGGGAGUAAACUUUAAUUAUUUCAUUUUAGUCAAAUUAUCUUGAUUUAUUGCUUUAUUUUAAAGAAUAUAUUUGUGCAGCCUAAUGUCUUGGGACUCUUGCAUAAAAUGUUAUCUUCUUGGGGGCUGGGACUGGAAGAUUGCCUGAAGUCUCCUUGACAUUUUGGUGUGGAUACCCUGAACAAAUUGCUGCAUUGUUAUUUUGCAUCUUCAUCAAAUUUGUAAUGCAAACUGCAUUUUGCCCUUUCCCUUUUAAGUGAAAUGGACAGGCACUAUUGAUUCCUUCAAUUUUCUCUACAAGCCCGUGUCUGAUGAUAUGUUCCUUGAAGUUUACAAGUCUUUACAAGUGUUUUUAUCUGGAUGUAUCUUGUUCUUGAAGAGAUGAGGUUGACAAAGGAUGAGAUGGUAAGAAGGUGCAGGGUAGCUUUUCAAGAUGCCAAUUUGAGCAAAAAUCGCUAUAUAGAUGUCCUGCCAUUUGAUGACACCAGAGUUGUUCUUAAUUCAAGUAGUGGUAGUAAAUCUUCGGGGAAUGACUAUAUCAAUGCAAGCUUUGUUACGAUUGCUUCUAGUGGAAGAGUUUCACGUUUCAUUGCCACCCAGGGUCCACUUCCAGAUACCUUUGAAGAUUUCUGGGAGAUGAUAAUUCAGUAUCGCUGCCCUGUAAUCGUGAUGCUUACUCUUGUUGAUAAUCCCAAGAUGAUGAAAAAAUGUGCUGAUUAUUUUCAAUCAGAGAAUGGGCUGAGAGAAUUUGGAAAAACAAGUGUUUUCACUAAGAGUACAAGAAUCAGUAAGUCUUCAUUAGUGCUGCGUUGCUUGGAGGUGAAGCACAAAGAGUCAGAGGAGCUUGCCCUGCCUGUUCUCCAUAUUCAGUAUCCUGAAUGGCCUGAUCAUGGGGUGCCUGGUGAUACCAGCUCUGUUCGGGAAAUUCUGAAGAGGAUGUAUCAUGUCCCGCCUGAUCUUGGCCCUAUAGUUGUGCACUGCAGUGCAGGCAUUGGAAGGACUGGUACAUAUUGUACCAUUCACAAUACCAUCCAAAGGAUCCUUAUCGGUGAUAUGUCUUCAUUAGAUCUUCUUAAAACUGUUGCUGAUUUCAGAUCUCAGCGGAUAGGGAUGGUUCAGACAAUGGAGCAGUUUUUCUUUUGCUAUGCUGCAAUUGUUGAUGAACUAGAAGAGCUUGUGUUGAAGUCCAAUCAAUAAGAAAGAGCUUUCAAAGAGAUUAUGAAGUUUGGCAAUCUGUUAUCUUAUCAAAAUGUUAGAAGGCAGUUACUGCACCAAUGUUCCUGUAUCAGAAUUUGAAUAUGCACUCUUCGUGGCCUCUACAGCGCUGCUGUUCUGAUGCAGCGAGGCAAUGAAAAUGAACUAUAGUGAAGAUGCAAGCCCCAAACGAUUUCCAAAAGUCAAGUGGUGCAUGAAGCUUAACCCUCAUGACUAUGGGUCAAUUACAUUUGGUUAUCACAUUCUCAUUUCUAGAGCCAGUUGAUUCUCCAUAAGCGGCAUCUCCUUUGGAAGAAAUCAAGCAACUGCAAAGACAGUUAUAACUUUUGAGGACAUUACAUAUUGUUUUAUUGACACGUAUCAAAAGAUUCCCAAACAUGAGAUUCUUACAUUUUUAUGAGAAUAGAACAGUGUCAUUAUUUAGCUUGAGUACAUGGUGUUUCCGAGAGUUCUUUUGCUUGAUUAAUAUUAAUUUUUAUAUAUCAAGAGAUAUUAAAGGUUCUA